AUGCAUUUGAUUCUACAAAUACCAGUGGUAUUAGAAACUAUUCGAACAAGAACCUGCCUUGAGGAAAAAUUCAAGAAGCUAAAAUGGAACGGGAAGGGUAACAAAACAGGGCAUGGACAUCUAAAUCUAAGAUAUGCAGACGACAUUGCUCUCUUCGGCGAGUCAGCAAAUGAACUGCAGCUAUUAAUUAACGAUCUGACCAGAGAAAGUCUGAAAGUUGGACUUAAGAUGAUCAGGAAAAAGACUAAGGUCAUGUUCAACAGCAGAGGUCAGUACGAAAUGAUACAUGUACAAGGCAAAGCGCUAGAGUGCGUCCAUCCAGUCACGAAAAAUGGAUUAGAAACUUGUUACAAUCAAGUUACUGAAGCGAAAAUUAAUAAGAACCUAAAGAGGAAUGGAAAGGUUGAUGCUAGGAAAAGAAAUCGGAUGAGGGCGACAUGGAUCAGGAAACAAACCCAAGUGAAAGAUAUCCUUAAGAGCGUUAAAACAAGAAAGGCAGUGGCAUGUUCUAUUUGUCGGAGACAAGAACACAGGUGGACAUAG